AUGCCUUUCUUCGAGCCCCUCGGGGCCGCGCGUUCUUCCCUCGUUGCUGCGGGGUGUACAGACACCUCAGCUGCUGCUGCAGUGGCUGCAGAGCCUCUGCUGCCAGCAGCAGCAGCAGCAGCAGGGGGCUGCGGUGAGGUGUACGCGCAGCUCCCGGUGGAGCGCGGGAGCCGCAGCAGCAGCGCCGCCGCCGCCGCCGCUGCUGCUGCUGCAGACGCAGAAGCAGCAGCAGCAGCAGCAGCACAGGGCGCGCCCGGGCUGCUGCAGCUGCUGCCUUCUCUCUCCUUCCUGCCCCCGCUGCUGCACCGCUACACAGGGACUUCCAAGGAGUCGCUGCUGGUGGGGUUGUUGUGCUGCUGCAUCAACGUGCUGCUGUACCUGACGAGCGGGGUGCUGACGCGGGUGCUGCAGCAGCAGGAGCACCUCGCGCAGCAGCAGCAGCAGCAGCAGCAGGGGGGCUGCCCCGAGGCCGCGGCCUGCGGUGUACGUACACCCCAGCCCCUCGCGGAAAACCUCCGAGUCCCUUAUUUGAUGGUUUGGGUCCCUCAAGUUUGCCAAAUAGUUUUUCUUUUUGUUGCAGUUCGAAUCAUCAACCAGAAGUACAGCCCCCACGCCCCCCAGCAGCAGCAGCAGCAGCAGCAGCGGCACUGCCACCUCAUCAGCAUGCAGGACAUGCGGGCCGCCUGCAGCAGCAGCAGCAGCAGCAGCAGCAGCAGUUUCGCGGAGGACGGAGAAGGCGCAUACGCGGCGCUGCUGCCGGCGGAGCGCAGCAGCAAAGAGCCGCCCGGCGAAGAGCUGGAGCUCCGCGCCGCAGCAGCAGCAGCAGAGCAGCAGCAGCAGCAGCAGCAGCAGCAGGACCGAUGUCUGCCCUGGAGAGCGCGAGCUGCUGCCGCUCCGCUGCAACAGCAGCAGCAGCAGCCGCAACAGCAGCAGCAGCAGCAGCAGGUGGUGGAAGUGUGGUUUGCGUUGAGUUUGCCGCACCACUUCUGCGGCGUGCAGCAACAGACUCGAAGCAGUUGA